AUGAGUUGGAGCAGUCUACCGCCCGAGCUUCAACUAGGAGUAUUCGAGAUGCUUCUCGAGCCCGAGUCUAAUGCAUCCCCAGACGCGGCCGUUCCAGACCACAUAGCUAGGCCGCAUAUACUGUCCAACUAUGCCGUGUUCGGAAAAAUCCUCGCCCGUCACCAGCGCACAUCCUUCGUGCGGUGGAUCUGGCUGCGCAUUGAACUCCCAGCAUACGACUGCAGUCGAUGCAGAACACCAGAGUCUACCGAUGAAGAUGUUGCUAAUAAAUAUAUCUUCACCAACGCGGUGUGGGACCUUCUGGGGACACUAUCUACCUGGCCUAGGAACAAAGAAAUCGAGCAAGAACGGAGAGGUCUCACAUUGGAACUCAGUGUUCAUUCGCCGAGCGACACUGAUCACUACUGUCAAGACCUAUCUGUGAGGGCCAACGAUACGGCCUGGUCUCUGCAUACACCGCCGCCCAGGAUUUAUAAAGAUAAAUUUCAUCGGUGGGAGAAUGGGCAUACUACUCGUUGGGUGAAAAAUGACGCCCUACUACGCGUGUUUGGACAUCCCAGGGGGCUGCGCUUUGACCUCCGGGCCCCGUCUGCUCGACGAUGGAGGCGGAUUUUGCCAAAAGUCGGCGUUGUUAAGAGCUUCAAGAUCCGACGGCAAUUCUUUCGCCAUUUCUCUGUGGCCAAGGCCUUAGUGCCAAUUAUUGAAUCCCUCAACCGCCUGGUGAGGUUUGAAUACGAGCCAUGGCGAGGUAUAGAUGCAGCUUCAUUUAAAGGCAAGGAUAUUCGAGACGAAGAGCAUCAGCAACUCUUUGAAGCCUUGAAGCCCAAAAGGAGCCUCAGGUUCAUCUCAUUCUUCGAAGACCUUAACCCUACUUAUCACAGACGGAACCAACAUAAGAGGGCGAACCCGGCACUGGGACAGACCCUAGCAAGGUCAAGUCGCAAUCUGAAGAGUCUUCAUGCCGCAAUGGGUGUUGAUGCGCAGGAUUUUUUCUUUGCCUUUUUACCCGAAACAAUAAAACCCCCACGAGAUAUGCGUUGGCGUAAUCUAGAGGCCCUCUCUCUCUAUACUUCUUACUUGACUCCAAUGGGUCAUGAUCGGUUACUCUGUGCUGCGGCGCUUGCAGCUAAGGCAAUGCCCAACAUCAAAAUAUUCGAGUUGUGGACUGCUAGGCCACAAGAACCGUUACCUGGGGCGCCAGAUUAA